AUAUGAUAUGACGUAUAUUUAGAGAAUGUCUUAUCGUUUUGAAUAAUGAAAAAAACGGAUAAUUUAAAUAAAAACGAAAACUAAAACAAAAACUUACAAGAGAUGGCAAGAAGUCAAAUUAUAAAAAUUGAGGAUAUUCCAUAAGGUUGUAAAUCAACAAAGAAAUUUAGUAAUGUAAAACAAACUAUAAUGGAUGAUUACAGAAAAGAUAGAAAAAAAGUAGGUAGAUGGACUCCUGAAGAAGACUAGAAGCUUUAAAAAUUGAUUGAAGGUAUAAAUGUGUAACUUAUAUUAAGAAUAUGGAGAUAAGAAUUGGAGAAAGAUAAGUGAAAUAAUAGAAGGCAGGAAUCCUAUUUAAUGUUUACAUAGAUGGACAAAAAUACUAAAACCUGGAUUAAAGAAAGGUAUAAAAUAACAUUCAAAUAUAAAGGAGCUUGGGAAGUUAAUGAGGAUAAUAAAUUAUUAGAAUGGGUAAAAAAUAACGGAGCUUGUAAAUGGUCUUUAUGUGCUGACAAUAUUACUGGACGUUCAGGAAAAUAAUGUAGAGAAAGGUGGUUUAAUAAUCUAAAUCCAGAUGUGAAAAAAGGAGGUUGGACAUCAGGUAAAUAUUUAUUCCUUAAAUUUAGAGGAAGAUCAUUCAAUUUUCAAAGGUUAUUUACUAUACUCUUCUUCAUGGUCUAAAAUUGCUAAGAAUCUCAUAGGUAGAACUGAAAAUUCUGUUAAAAAUAGAUUUUAUUCAACUGUAAGAAAAUUAUUGGCUGAUUAAGAUAGAAAUGAAAUAUCUCUUUAAGUAUUUAUUUUUUUUUAAUCUAUUCAAAUUAGAUCUUAGAACUUUAAUGUGAAAAUGGAACAUCAGCAUUAUAAACUUUUGUUAAAGAACAUAUGUAAUUACUAGAAUAGUAGAUCUAAAUCAAAAUGGAAGAAGAUAAUCCAUUUCAAAAUUAAUUAUUACAACAUAAUAUUUAAUUUUAAAAGGAAUUACAAAAUGAUACUCAUUAGACUUCAAACUUACUUUAUACAUUGCUAUAAUAAUAAGGAAUUCCUAUUAAAAAAACUACUUGUAUGAAGGAUUAUUCAACUAUUUAUAAAAAAUAUCAAUAAAGAUAUAAUUAAAGGAAGAAAAAUAAAAAGUUAUUUGAUAAAAUUGAAAAAAUUAGAGAUAUGUAAAUCAUAAAAGAAAAUUUUUAAUCUCCUUAUCCAGAAUAGGAAUUUAAUUUUAAAUAAUAUCUUAAAAUAUAACUUGAUAAUUUUCAAAAAUAUUAAGCGGAACUUUAAUCAGAGUAAAUGGAUAAAGAUAAAAUGGAUGAAAUUAAGCAAAAAUUUUUUGAUUUUUUUAGUUCAUAAUUAGAUGAAAUAAUAAAUAAAUUUAAUAUAGAAGAAGGGAAUGAUAUCAAUUAAUCAAUGCUAUAAAAUUCAAAUAAAUAAUUUGAUAAAAUACUUAAAUAAGUUAACAAUAAAAAUAUUAAUAAUUAAAUUAUUACCCUUCCUGAAGUGAAGCAAGAUUAUAAUACAUUUUAAACAAAAUUUAUUCAAUCAGAUUAAAAUAGUUGUAAUAAUGUUAAAAUUGAAAUAAUUAAUUUUAUGAAUCAAAAUUAAAAAAUUGAUCCAAAAAUAAUGUUUCUUAUAGGUUAAUUGCAUACUUUAGAAAAUAUUUUAGAUUAAGCUAAAAAAGAAUUUAGUCGAUAAGAAUCAAUCUUAUAUGAUAAAAUUUAUAAUAGUUCUUUAAAAAAUAGGAACUCUAAUCAUAGUAAUUGA